UGAGCCGUUCUCCAGGAAAACCUGCCAAAAUGACAUCGAUUAUGACGUUGGGAAUUUCCCGAUAAAUAUGACGUCAUACUUGAAAGCACAUGAUUUGGAGAGUUUGCUUUCCGAGCAUUUUGGUGUGACGCCCGUUUCGACACCCUGGGGAUCGCAGGAGGAGGUUGAUGUAUCUACCCUGUGUUUAGACUCGGACGAAGAUGAUCCCGAGUUAGAUGUUGAUCAGCGGGUCCAAGAUUACAUAGACACGCUUCCAGAUGACAUAACAGGGGCUUCUGUUACUAGUGACAGCGAGGGUGAAGCAGAAGUUGAUUGUGAUCUGCCCCAAAAUGACGAAGACGUGAACAGAAUUACCCUUUAUCAUAAGAAUGGUUGUGGGUGCAAGAAAAACUGCAUUAAACAGUUUACUAUUUCUGACAUUUUUGAUCACAUAUUGAAUAUUAGGGAAAUGGAAAAGCAAGAUAAAGAACUGUAUAUAAUGGCAACUGUAGUAAACAGCCCUCAGAAUGAAUUGACAAAGCGCGGGAAGAAACGUCAGAAAGGUCACCAUGACUUUUCAUUAGUUGGGAAACCAGUGUGUAGGACUGUGUUUAUGUUGGCCUUUGAUAUCAAGCGGAGCGCUCUUCAAAAUAUCCUAACACAUGUUGAUCAGCAUGGUGUGGUUCAAAGAAUUCACGGCAACAAAGGGAAAAAACCUGUCAAAUCUUUAAAGUUUGAAGAUAUUAAACAUGCGGUGACAUAUGUUUCCCAAACUGCUGAAGACAUAGGUAUACCACAACCGGCUGCACCACGUGGAUCAGACAACAUACCACCAGUUUACUUACCAAGUGCUACUACAAAACUUGAUAUUCACAAGAAAUACGAAACAUCAUGCCUUGAAUCUGUACCAACAAAAAGGGCUGUUCAUUAUAAAACUUUCUGCAACAUCUGGAAGCAAUGUUUACCACACAUCAAAAUUGCAUCUCCACGCGACGACGUUUGUGCAACUUGUGAAAAAUUAAGAAAAGUUGUGAUGGAUUCCAGAACCGAGGAUGAAAAAUUGCAGGGCACCGCAAAUCUUAGAGAGCACAUUGUCAACGCACAAAAAGAAAGAGAAGUCUACAACACAUGCAUUGCAAAUGCUAAAGGUCUGUUUGAGACAGGGGACAGGCGACAUUCUCAUUUCACCUUUGAUUUCAGCCAGAAUUUAUCGCUACCACACCAUUCAAGACAGAUGGGGCCAACUUAUUUUAUGACAUUGCGCAAAGUGCAAUUGUUUGGUGUACGCAAUGACGGAACAUCAACACAAUACAACUUCCUUGUAGACGAGAAUGAGACUAUUGGCCCUGAUGGUACUCAAACUCACGGACCUAACGCUGUUAUCAGUAUGGUGGACUGGGUGAUAGAAAGGGACCAUGCGGAGGGACCAACAAUUUCACUACAUGCCGAUAAUUGCCCAGGACAGAAUAAAAACUACUAUAUGCUGGGAUAUUUAAUGUGGCGUGUUCUGUCUGGACGUCAGGAGAAGAUUGAGUAUAUGAUGCAGAUACCUGGUCACGCUCGCUGCCAUGUUGAUGCUGGCUUUGCCCGCAUAAAACAACUUUACCGAAGGACAGACACGGAUGCUCUUGGCCAACUUACGGAAGUUGUAAAUCAAUCAUCAUCUACAAGCCAGUGUAUCCGUUACCCUACAUGGACAUGGCGAGACUGGAAAGGAUUUCUGAAAACGUACUUCAAACCGCUCCAAGGCAUCAGAAAGUAUCAAUAUUUUCGUAUGAGCCGAGAUCAUCCUGGAAUGGUGGUGGUUAAAGAGAGCUGCGAUAAAGCCGAGGAGACGUUCUCCAUCAUGAAAUCAAACAACUUUCAGUUUGAACGGGGACACUUGCCACAAGUACUCCAACCAGGUGGAAUGUCUGCUGCACGACGCAGAUAUCUUUACAGCACAGUUCGGCCCUAUGUGCGACCUAUAUUUCAAGAUGAAACAUGUCCAGGAGAGACUUAGACAAGUUUUAAUUAGAACACUUAUGUUACCAUGGCAACGGAUAGAAAAGACAUUAUCUGACUCCUGUUAUGAUGAUUUUUUAUGUUAUUAUCAAAUGGUUUCUGUAAACAAGUAUAAUGAAUAUGUUACAAACUACA